AUUUAUAUUAUUAUAUAAUAUUUAUUAAUUUUUUUUUUUUUUAUUUAUUUAAUAAUUGAUAUUAAUAUUAUUAGUAGUAUUAAUAAUUAACCUGUAGUAUAGUAGAUUUUUUUUUUUUUAUAAUAUUUAUAAUAAUAAACUAGAAUAAAAUGCAAGCCAUUAAAUGUGUCGUUGUAGGUGAUGGUGCCGUUGGUAAAACCUGUCUUUUAAUUUCAUACACCACCAAUGCUUUCCCAGGUGAAUAUAUCCCAACUGUCUUUGAUAACUACAGUGCCAACGUUAUGGUUGAUGGUAAACCAAUCAAUCUUGGUUUAUGGGAUACUGCUGGUCAAGAAGAUUAUGAUAGACUUCGUCCAUUAUCAUACCCACAAACUGAUGUUUUCUUAAUUUGUUUCAGUAUUAUCUCACCAUCAUCAUUUGAAAAUGUUAACGGUAAAUGGCACCCAGAAAUCUGUCACCACGCUCCAAAUGUUCCAAUUAUCUUAGUUGGUACCAAAUUAGAUAUGAGAGAAGAUAAAGAAACUCAAGAUAGAUUAAAAGAAAAGAAACUCUACCCAAUUUCAUACGAACAAGGUCUUGCUAAAAUGAAAGAAAUCAACGCUGUUAAAUAUCUUGAAUGUUCAGCUCUUACUCAAAAGGGUCUUAAAACUGUUUUUGAUGAAGCUAUCCGUGCUGUUAUCAAUCCACCAGUCCACAAAAAGAAGAAAUCAUCAGGUGGUUGCAACAUCUUGUAAAAAAAUAAAAACAUGUUUUUAAUUCACUCUAUGUCAUUAUCAAUAAAUCAAAAAUCCCCUAGUAUUAAUAUUAACAAAACACCUCCCUCUAUAUUAUUUUAAUUUGGUUUUUUUUUCUAACUCAAAAAAAAAUCAAUUAAUUUAACAAAAAAAAAAAAAAAAAAAAAAAACUUAAUAAUAAUGUUAUAAUAAUAAAAUAAAUAAAUAAAUUAAUUUAAAAAAAUU